AUGAGCACCUGGCUUGAAGGCGUUGUCAGUGAUACACAGAAGGAAGUAAUUGAUGAGCUUCAAAAGCUCGUUGAAGAGAAGGGAAUCAAGGAGAAAGUUCUCGCAGAUGCCCAGGAAAUGGCUAAAAUUGCUGCUCGUCACAUUCUCGAUGAUUCACAGCCAGAACUUCAGGCAUUCCCAAGUAUCCCAAUUGAUGGUGAUAAGGAACUUCAAUAUAAGCUCGUCCUUGAAUUCUUACAAUCCGCUGGAUUCAAAUUUGCACCAGCUGUUCUUAAGUUCGAGUCUCAGCAUCCAGAGAUCGAAGUUGACCGCCGCGAACUUGGAAAGAGCCUCAACCUCUGCACUUACGAUCGUACUCCAUAUCUUGUUCAACUUGUUGAAGAACAGCUCAAAACAUUGGAAGAUGAGUAA